AUGCCCCCUUGCGCUUCUAGCUCUCUCUCUCUCUCGCUCUCUCUCUCUCUCUCUCUCUCUCUCUGUCUCCUGGUCAACCCGAUCAAGGCCACUCUGACCACCUCCCAGCCGUGCACCUGCGACCCCAGCCACUAUUUGAUAUCAGACGAGCGUAAAAAGGGGCACAGUGGAAGAGACAGCUGCCAGCCAGUCGCCAUGGCUAAUGGCGCGCACACAGCCGUUUCGUCAACGGUGCACCUUCGCAGCCAUGCCAUUGAUGUCGCGCGACUGGCUUUGAGCGGCGACACGCUGCUUUCCGCAUCGGGUGAUGGCGUUGUGCGCCUCUGGAACCUACCGGAUGGUUCCGAGCGUGCUACCAUCAAUGCUCAUGAGCAACCCAUAUCCGACAUGGCUGUGGACCCGCAAGAUGGCAGCGAAUGCGGUGCUUUAGUGGGCCAUGAUGAAUGGCUGCGCUGCCUGGCCUUUGCACCCGAUGGCCGCCACCUGGCUUCGGGAUCGGGUGAUCGUACAUGUCGCCUCUGGGAUGUAGAGACACAGCAAUCUCUUUUGACAAUGUCCGCCUUUUCAGAUUGGGUCAAUCUGUGCACGUUUGUGUCGGACGGCGGAUCAAAUAUGCUUGCCGUCUCCGAUUGGAGUGGCCAGCUGCAGCUCUUUGAUCCCCGCGCCGGUGCAAGCCCCGUUCAUCGGUUGCACCGGGGUGCCGUGGUCAAAUCGCUGUGCAGCCGUGCGCCCGGUGAAGCCUUUGGCGAGACCGCGUUGGCUCUUGGGGAUGUUGAGGGCACACUGCAUGUUGUUGAUUGGCGACAGGGCCAAACCAUGUUCCGGGAUACCCGCCACAGUGCCCCCAUCAACCGGAUACAGACGUAUCAGGACAAACUCUUUACCGCCAGCAGUGAUCACCUCAUUGGUAUAUGGGACCGAAAUCGAACCUUUACCAGCUUUGCCGCCCAUGAAGACUGGGUCACCGAUUUUUCCAUUGCCCAGGACGGCACGGCCGUGUCUUGCAGCGGCGAUGGCACGCUGCUGUUGUGGUCGACCGCCACCCUCAACGUCUUGCACGCGAGUCGGAUGCAGGCCACCGCGCUUUGCUGUGCCGUCGCUGCUGACGACGAGGUCCUAGCUGCCGCAGUGGGCUACGCCAGCGGUGAAGUGACACUCGUCAACUAUCCCGUAGUCGGCCUCCACGCUGCCAACGCGGUGUCUGGUGCCGGCGCUGGCGCAUCGUCGGGCGAGUGGUUUAUGAAAAAGGGUGGUUGGAAAGUGACGGGUGGUAUCCAGCUGACGGGGCGAAAAAACCGGUAUUGUAUUCUCACUUCCACGGGCCUCGAGUACUACGCCGGCUUUGAUGCCAAUGCUGGUGAACCGACCAAUUUCAAGGGGCGCAUCGAGCUUCAGGCCUCCACGACCAUCCAAAUCAAAGAUGGCAACCGUCUCUUGAUUGUCAACCCGGACCGCACCUGGGACCUAGAGGCGCGGUCCGCCAGCAUUGCCCAACAGUGGCAAGACCGCAUCUCGCACCUUAUUCCAGGGCCUCCAGGGGCACCCAUAUCGGCUACUGCAAGAAGCUGACGUGUUGCUUCUUGUGCUAACGUUGUUGUCUUUCCGUUUUUCUGCUUGAGUUAUUCCUCCUCUUGUCAUUUUCCUCAGCGUCCUCUUACAAUCGUCCCGUUCUCCGAGCCUGAUUUUGCUCAAACGCCCAUGGAUGACCCUUUGCAAGGCCUUUAGCUUGCAUGUGUCUAUGUUCAUGUCCUUGUCCAUGCGUGUGACUGCUCCUUCUCGACCUGCUUGCAGUGCAGGCUGUUGUUUGCGUAUUUUGUUUAUUUGUUGUUUUUGACACUGUGGUCCACGACACCCUCCGCACUAUUCUGCAGACUAUUGAGUUUUGUUUCCC